AUGUCCAACUCAGCAAUAUUAAAAGCUAAAGCCGAAAUAAAGGAAUCUUUAUUUCUGACCACAUUUUGUAUGAAAUGUAUGGGAUUAUCUUUUGAACAUCCAAAGACUAUGACAACUUAUAUUAUCCAGAAACUAAUGUUCAUUCUUUCUGUCUGUGCUAUAUGUUAUCACGUCUUCGGUGAUAUAGUUUACAUAGGUAUCACGAUGGUUCAUUCACCACAAGUGGAGGACGUUGUUCCCCUUUUUCACACUUUUGGAUACGGUGCUUUAGGUAUCGCAAAAGGAUUUGCGCUGUGGUACAAGAAAGAUAAAUUUAAAAUAUUAAUUGAAGAACUAGCUGUGAUUUGGCCGAAUCCACAAUCAGACGAAGAAGCACAAACUUUUAAGGAAAAUACGCUUGCUACCUUGCACAUCACCCAUAAAUGGUACUUCGCUAUAAACGUACUUGGCGUGUGGUUUUAUAACUUGACUCCAGUUGCCAUAUACAUUUACGAGUUAUUGCUAGGACAAAACCCUGAAAUGGGCUUCGUAUGGCACUCUUGGUACCCAUUCGAUAAACACAAACCCUUGGCACACAUUUUUGUCUAUUUCUUCGAAAUAUUCCUGGGACAAACGUGUGUAUGGGUUAUGGUGAGCACUGAUCUACUGUUUUCUGGGAUGGCCAGUUACAUUGGCAUGAUUUUACGCAUGCUACAACGACGAUUGGAAAAAAUAGCCUCAACCGAUCAGACGGAUGACGAAAUUUAUAAAGAUAUAGUCGCAAAUAUUAAGCUCCAUCAACACCUUAUUAGAUACUGCAACGAUCUUUCUGACUCAUUUUCACUAUCAUUCCUUGUAAAUAUUGUGCUGAGCUCGAUCAACAUUUGUUGUGUCGUAUUUGUUAUAUUCUUGCUGGAUCCAUUAUUGGCCGCCAGUAAUAAACUAUAUUUAGGUUCAGCUUUGAUGCAAAUUGGAAUCCUGUGUUGGUACGCCGACCUUAUCAUUCAUGCGAAUGCGGACGUCGCCGUAGCAGCGUAUAAUAGCUGCUGGUACCGUACUAAUCCUCGCUGUCGUCGCGCUCUGCUUUUCCUUAUACAGAGAGCUCAAAAACCUAUUGCGUUUAGUGCUAUGGGUUUUACGAAUGUGUCACUCGCUACUUAUUCGUCGAUCCUGACUACAUCAUACUCGUACUUUGCUCUUGCGUAUACUAUGUAUAACAAAAGUACUCAAGGCAGAGCUAAUAGAAAUGCGUAAUAUACCUAUAUGUAAAUUUAUAUUAAGUCACUCUGGGUUAGUCUGCAUAUGCAGUAAUUUAGUUUCCUUGUAUGUAUGUACGAGUAAGUUUGAUUGUGUAUUUAUAUGUAUAUAUUUAUAUUGUUUUAUCAGUAUUCUUAUAUUUGUAAAUUUUAAGUAUGAGAUUUGUGUACCUUCUUAUUUAGAAUAUUAGAAGUGUUAUGCAUAGACAUAUCAACAUUUUAGAUUUAUUAGGUGCCAUUUAGAUGUGUUAUGUUGUCUAGUAUUAAUGUUGCACUGGUCUUGUAACUGUAACACCUAAUAUUUUUCUUUUUUUUUAAUUUCCUAUUUUUUUUUGUCCCCCCCAAUUCACAAUUUCUAGUAGACAUUAAAAAAUUAACUGGAAGAGAUCUCUUUUAUAGGAUAAGUCCGCUAUUGUAUUUAUUCUUUUCUGAAGAAAUCUGUAUCCCAUAAUUUAAGACUUUACUAUACAAUAAAGUGUUACAAACAAACAAACAGUAUAUGUAGUCAUUAAAAAGCUCUCGAUUUUUUUUCAAAAUUUUUUUAAACAUAUUUUAUCACAAACAAUAAUAAAAACGUUCAGACAGUUAAAACUA